CCGGGGUGGAGAGCCCGGAAGGGAGGAUGUCUGCAUCACCGCGUGCUAUCGAUAUUUGAAGUAGUACUAAUUAAUACAUCCCGCAUGCUUCUUCGCCGGUGCGGCCUGCAGUCACAUUACCUUGCUUUGCUGUGCUGUUAUCAAUAACAGGAGUUUUAGAGACCAUCGUUUGGACUGCCAACCCCUUUAGCACAUCGCUAUCACCCUUCAAAGUCAGUAACACGCCCUUUUCAGGUCGAUCAACAUAACACCCCGCCGCCACCCGAGUCAUCUCGCCUGCUCUCCACCACCACCAAAACCACAACAAUGUCCUCACCCCCCAAAAGCGGCAUCAAAGUGAUAAUCGUCGGCGCCGGCUUCGGCGGCCUGACCGCCGCCAUCGAAUGCCACCGCCAAGGCCACUCCGUCUCCAUCUACGAGAACUUCCCGGCCCUGAAAACCCUCGGCGACAUCAUCUCCUUCGGCGCCAACGCCGGACGCAUCUACCACCGCUGGAGCAACGGCAAGAUUGCCCAACGCCUGCGCGAGCUCAGCAUCGACCUGACCAGCUACGGCUUCCGCAUCCACAAGUACGACACGGGCGAGGUGGUGUAUCACCAGCCCACCCCCCCGCAGGAUCCCACCGCGCCGGUGUUUAAUGGGCAUCGGGGGGAGCUGCAUGAGGUGGUGUUUAGGUAUGCGAAGGAGGAGUUGGGGAUUCCGAUUCACUUGGGCCAGAGGGUGGAGGAGUAUUGGGAGGAUGAACGGGAGGGGAAGGCGGGGAUUGUGUUGAAGAAUGGGGAGAGGGUCGAGGCGGAUUUGGUGAUUGGCGCGGAUGGGGUGAGGAGCAAGGCGAGGGAGUUGGUGUUGGGGUAUGUGGAUAAGCCGAAGAGCAGCGGGUAUGCGGUGUGGCGGGCGUGGUUCCCCAACACGGACAUGAUCGCCGACCCACGCACCCGCGAGUUCUGCGCCAACGGGGACACAUUCAACGGGUGGAUCGGGCCCGACGUGCAUUUCCUGUUCAGCACUAUCAAGGGCGGCAAGGACUGCUGCUGGGUGCUGACGCACCGCGACGAGCACGACAUUGACGAGUCGUGGUCUUUCCCCGGCAAGCUCGAGGAUGUGUACAAGGUGCUUGAGGGCUGGGACCCGACCUGCCGAGCGAUCGUCGAGAAGACGCCCGAGGCCGAUCUCGUCGAUUGGAAGCUCGUCUACCGCGACCCCCUGCCGACUUGGGUCAGCAAGCACGCGAGGAUUUUGUUGUUGGGUGAUGCGGCGCACCCUUUCUUGCCGACGAGUGCCCAGGGCGCGACGCAGGCCAUGGAGGAUGGGGUGACGAUUGCUGUGUGUCUGAAGAGAGCGGGCAAGGAGAAUGUUCCGGCGGCGGUGAGGACGCAUCAGGAGAUUCGGUACGACCGCGUGCGCGCGGUGCAAAAGACGGGCGAGACCACGCGCGACAGGUGGCACAAGACGGACUGGGCCAAGGUAGCCGAGGACCCCAAGAGCAUCUCGUUCCCGCGCGAGGACUGGAUCCACCAGUUUGAUGCCGAGAAGCAUGCCGAGGAGGUGUUUGAUGACAUCUUUGGGAAGGUGACGAACCCGGAUAGUGAGCAACAGAGCACCUUGCUCCCUGUUGGGCCGAUUGGCCCGACCCCUGUGGCGGCAGCAUAGGUAAGGGGCUCUGACUUUAACUUGGGGUUCUUGCGGGUGAGUAUGGUAUGCAGUGGUUAGAAGGGGGUUGGGAGAGGUUAUUAAAGAUGGUGUUUAGGGGUUAGACGUGCGUACCUUGCCUUACGAACCUGGAAGGCGUAGCAGAGCGGACUUGGCAAAGACUCGACUGAAGAGGGCACCUCGGCUGCUCUUAGUACAUGUACUUGCUCGCUAUCGGCGAUUCGUUAGAGUUACCACGCCACCUGGGGUAGUACUGAAUGGUUCUUUACGAGGUUCAAGUGAUCUGAAGCUUGGAAUAUAUGAAAAUUGCAUUUGCCAG